CCACAACAACGCUGAUGUCAUGAUUCGGGUUCGAGUUUGUCUUCCUCUCCCUUUAUUUCUCUACCUUUCUGUUCUUCGCUCAAUGUGCAGCUGGUCUCUAUCUGUGUCUCUAUCUCUCGCUCUCUCUUUUUCUCCUGAAAAUCUUCAUCCCGCCGUAGAAGAGAUUCGGCCAGACAGAAAUACCCAACGGUUCUUCGCCAGUGAACGAGAGAGAGAGAGAGAGAGAGAGAGAGAGAGAGAGAGAGAGAGAGAGGCAAGAUUUUCAAGAGUUGGCAGGGCUUGAACCCCCUCCUCCUCCUCCUCCUCCUCCUCCGCCGGUCCCCUUAAAUCUUGCUCUUCAUUCUCCUCCUCCUCCUCCUCUCCCAAAGAGUGCAAGCGGUGAUUGUUUAUGCUUCCAAGAGAGCAGCAGCACCAGCACCAGCAGCAUUAGCAAAGAUAACGUUACGAUGCAUCAGCAAAGUGAUGAUAAUGAUGAUGAUACUCAGUGCACAGUGAUAGUCUUGCUCUGUGAAGUUUGAUACUUUGGUGCCUUACGUCGGGCGCCCCACGACACCCGGGUAUAUAAAUAAGUUCGAGCGUGUGUCCGUCCGUCUACUGGUACACCCGUGGGGUCUGUUUCACUGUUUCACCAGUUUUGUUUCGCGUCACCUCAUGAAAAGAGAAGUGACAGGAGGGAAAGUUAGAGGUGAAUGACGUUUAUACUUGAGAAAAUCGUGCUUUUCUAGUGACUAUACCAAUGAUUUUUUUGUAGUGGCAUUAAUGCACACUAGUGCAGCACCGUGAUGUGAAUUCAAUGUCUGAGGGGGAAUACCUUGUUGUGAUCUCAAGGAUGUCUUUUGUUGCUUGGUAGCUGCAUGGAUCCUCGAAGAGUAAACAAAAGGUCCGGAUAUAUGAGACAAACAUUUGUCAGAGAUACUAUGAGAAGACUGAAGUUAGUAUUGCUGUCUGUAGCGGGAGCAACUUCCGUGGCGAUUAUACUUCUGUGCGGCGUUCUACCCACCGGACCACGGCUACAGCAGGGCUAUGGCACCGAUUUUUUUCACGAACUCAUCCACCUGCACGACAACGUGAGUCUGACGGGCCCGACGGUGAACUCGAUUCCGGCGGGAGUGGAAUGGCUCCAAGACCUCUCUCACCUGCAGAUCUGCAACAAGAGCGACCCCUUCAUUCUGGCCGUGGUGUUCUCGGCCAUCCCCAACACUCAGCAGAGGGAGCUCAUUCGCAAUACCUGGGCCAAUCCCAGCUAUUACAAGCUGACUAAAAUCAGGGCCAUAUUCGUCCUGGGUGCCACCACCAACGAGACCCUUCAGCGGGCCGUCGAAGAGGAGAUAACAAUGCAUCAGGAUAUCAUUCAAUAUAAUUUCAUCGACUCCUACAGGAACCUCACCUACAAGACCAUAGCCUGGAUGACGUGGGUGAAGUACAAUUGCCUGGACGUGCCCUGGAUAGCCAAAAUCGACGACGACAACGUAGUCAACCCUUUCGCCCUCAACCGCUACUUAGUCGACCGGUUCCGGGAGAACCCUUCGCCCGAUGCUAUCCACGGUCGACUGCGAGUGACCAACAAGGCCAUGAGAAACGGGAAAUGGGUCGUCACUAAAGAGGAAUACCCGCCGGACAGAUACCCGCCCUUCGUGCUGGGGCCAGCGUACAUCGUGGGGCGGAACGCCAUCGACAAACUCCUGGAGUACACUCCAUACACGCCGUUCUUGUGGCUGGAAGACGUGUACAUGACGGGGCUCGUUGCCAAAGCCGCCGGCGUCAAGCACGUCCAAGCCGAGAAAACACUUUAUACAAAAAAACUAUCGCGAAGACUAUUUGUGGGGCCAGUGAGUUUUUUAAUAGGCGCUAGUGAAAAGGUUAAAAAAACGGCGUGGGCGGGGAUCAUAAAAUACGGACCUACCCUGAGAAAAUAAUCCAAGUGCCGCUAGUCGGAAUACGAAAAUUUCAUUACAUCAUUUGACGUUCAUCAAUGGACGACAAAACUGGAAUAUUCGUGAAUCUUUUGAACUCCAACACUACAGAGAUACUGUUUUGCAAGGUUCGGGAACUUUUAUUGCCCACGACGACUUGCUUCUAGUCAGAUCAACGGUGCUUCAAUACACUGCAAGCAAGCUGUUAAUGCAAUUACCCCCACAUCGAUAGGUGAUUCCAGGACAAUUUUCACAGCUGCAGAAAAAAAAAAGGUUCUAUCUUGUGCCUUACAGAGCAAAGCAUUCUGGGAAAAAUUUGAGUGGAAAUAUCUCAAGUUGAAAUGUGCCUUUAAUAAAGAUUGUUAAUUUUUUAAA